AUGGCAGGGUGCCUCGCUGUGGACUCAGGAAGGCGCCUAUGGAGCUGGGUGCCCCAGGCCUGCAGAAGUUUCUCUCUGGGUGAUCCUGACUUGUAUUUUGUAAGGCUCACCAUCCUGUCCCCCAAAGUGGUUGAUCGUUGGAACAAGAAGAGGGCCAUGUUUGGGGUGUAUGAUAACAUCGGGAUCCUGGGAAAUUUUGAAAAGCACCCCAAAGAACUAAUCAAGGGCCCCAAGGGGAAUGAAUUGCAGUGUUGUAUCCGAAAGAAGGGAAUGGUUGGAAAUCGGAUGUACAGUGAUGACCUACACAACCUUAACAAACGCAUCAGCUAUCUCUACAAACAUUUUAACCGACGUGGAAAGUACCGGUAG